UAAACUCAGUAUGAUGGCAGAAGCCAGUAUCUGCGUGGCUCACGAUCACUUCAUCUGUCCAGUCUGCCUGGAUCUCCUGAAGGACCCAGUGACUACUCCCUGUGGACACAGUUACUGCGGGGACUGUAUUGAAGACUAUUGGGUCCAAGCGGACAAUGCUGGAGUCUACAGAUGUCCUCAGUGCAGACAGACCUUCACACCAAGACCUGUUCUGGGAAGAAACACCAUGUUGGCUGAAGUGCUGGAGAAAGUGAAGAAGGCAGAAGUCCAAGCUGCUCCUCCUGAUCGCUGCUACGCUGGACCUGGAGAUGCGGAGUGUGAUGUGUGUAUCGGGAGAAAGAAGAAAGCUGUCAAGUCCUGUCUGGUGUGUCUCGCCUCGUACUGCGAGACUCACCUCCAGCCCCACUACGAGUCUCCAACUUUUAAGAAGCACAAGCUGAUCGAUGCCACGGGACAACUGCAGGACAAGAUCUGUUCCCUCCACGAGAAACUGCUGGAGAUCUACUGUCGUACCGACCACCAGUGUAUCUGUCGUGUGUGCGUGAUGGACGAACACAGGACACACGAUACAGUCUUAGUGGAUAUAGGAAGCAUUGAGAAACAGAAACACCCUGAGGUGACAAGAAUGAAAUUCCAGCGGAGAGUCGAGGAGGGAGAGCCCAGAACUAGAGCGCAGUUUUUACAAUAUGCCUGUCAGCUCACCCUGGACCCAAACACAGCGCAUAAGGAACUGUGUUUAUCAGAGGGGAACACAGUGGUGAAAAGGGGGAGUCAGCCCCAGGGAUACCCCAGUCACCCUCACAGGUUUAAUGCCUGGCACCAGGUUCUGUGUAAAGAGCCUCUGUCUGGGCGCUGUUACUGGGAGGUGCAGUGGAGCGGCAGGUAUGGGAUUUAUAUAGCUGUGGCGUACAAAGGCAUCCAGAGGAAGAAGGGGUAUUAUGAAAUCCUCUUUGGAAACAAUAACAAGUCCUGGAGUUUGGUCUGUCCUCCCACCAGUUACUCUUUCAAGCACAACAACGAGGAGACUGCAGUGCCCAUCACCUGUUCCACCACCAUAGGAGUGUACCUGGACCACAGCGCAGGAACUCUGUCCUUCUACAGCGUCUUUGAAGACACCAUGACCCUCCUCCACAGGGUCCAGACCACCUUCACUGAGCCCCUCUACCCUGGGUUUUGGAUGCAGGGAAGUCGACUUAACGAGGAAUGUACAAUAAAGCUGUGUACCUCUACAUGAGACAUUUCAUAAAUGUGUGAUGCUUUGUUCAGAAGUAUCCCUGAAUUAAUAAGGCAUAUUGAUGCUAAAUUGGUUUCGAAUAUUGUCCUGGGCACUUCCCCUAAGUUACUCCAGGAAAAUUGCCCAUCUGUGUAGAUGGGUAAAUAACUUAAGAAGCUUAAUAUUGCAAGUCAC